GUGUACAAAGUUAAGUUGGAUAGAUCAACAUGGGAGACCAGGACACCUUUUGUUUUUACAUCUUACUUAUCCAGUAUACAUGACUGUUCCCUGCCACUAAAAGAAACAGAAGAAGAACAUAUGCUCGCAACAGCUGAUGAGAGCGCCACCAAUACAAGUUUUGACACACACAGCGCAGACGAUAGGAAAUCAACGGUAUGCAAACGACGCAUAUCCACCACCAAAAAUAUACUCCACAGCAAAGACAGUCCAUCAGAUGAUAACGAUCAUCCACAAGUGAAUCACAAUGGACUCACGAUUGACAAGAACCAACAAGAAGACAAAUCGUUUAAAAUGAGAGACGAGAGUGAAAGGAAUCGUCCCCGUAACACCCGGAGGCAUCCAUCCACCUGUUCCCUUCCUUCAAAUAGUUUAAAGUCCUCGAAUGAAAGUGAUGAACAGUGUGGAUUUACCAUCAAUAGAAGACCGCGAGUGUUUCAGCAUAGUCAUUCGGAACCUGGCCAAGCAUCCGAUACUACCAUGUGUGCCACUAGUCCAAGUGAUAAGAAACAUCUUUUGAAUAAUAAUUACUUACAAAGGUGUUCUAGUGAAAGUCGGGUGUGCAAAACUAAUUACAAACACUUGGAUAUUGUAGGCGAAAGCUUUAAAGCCCGAUUUCCAUGGCAGCGUGAUGUCUCCGUGCAGUGUGAUCUCCCCCCUGUGUACAGCCCCAAGUGUCCCGAAACACCGUGCUUUCCUAGUAGUCCCCUAUAUCCACCAGCACCAACACAUGCAACCGUGGUUAAUCACACAUCUGUUGUUAGACGUCGAAAGCAUAACUUUAUGAGAGAUCGUCCGAAUUCGAUUGGACCCGUCGAAAAUCAUCGCUUUGAGAAUGAACUAGCUAAGUUUCGGGAUUUGCAUACUCGUCGGAAUAGACUAUCAGACCCCUCUUUAUAUCAGUCUCCUCCUGGAUCACGAAAACGGAUACCAUUAAUAUUAUCAGAUGACCCUGGUUCUAUAUCGGAUUUAGAAUCCAUAUUGGAGAAUCCAGAUGCAGAUAGUCAGUCGGAUUUCUCAAGACAUGCCAGUGUGACGUCACAUGAAGAUGACGGGGAAUAUCAUCUCUGCGAAGAGAUCAGAAAAUUAGCCGGGAGUUCAGAUGAAGAGCAUCUUGACAUUAUACAAUCUCCCUGUGUAUCGCCUCAAUUAUGGCGUGAUGUCAUUAUAACUGGAGACGAAUCAGAUUCAGGUAGCUCUACAGAUGGUUGUGACAGAACCCCAGUUCGUUUAACAGUUAGAAAGGCACCAAGACGAUUGAGCUCAGGAAGUUUAACCAGCGGUUCAGAAGAAAAUGAAAACGAACCAGAUCCUCCAGUGGUCAGGCGUGGCAGGAGAGCGGCCAUAUUUGAAACGAAGAAUUGUGGAGAUGUGUCCCCUACAACUUUAUCACCGGAAGUUUCACCUAGUAAUUCAUGUGACGAAGGGGAAGGAGCAACUAAUAUCGCUGGUCGACUUAGACGGAGAAGAAGUUCCGUGGAUCUCGCUAUGAAUAUUUAUCCAGGAGAUCUUUUGGUUCAGGAACACCAUAAAAAGCUUAUCAAACGCAACACAAUCGCGGAUUUCUAUGCAGGGCGAAAUGGAACGACAGGAGGUCCAGUUAAUCCCGAAGAUCCAAAUAAGAAAGGUCGGCAGCCAUUUUCCUUAUUAAAAUUGAUGAAAGCCAGGAGUAAAGAAUCUUUAUCGCAACUGGAAGAAGUUCUUGCUAAGAUGAAACCAUCCCAAUUUAAAGAUAAUCAUUUGGCUGUGUAUAAGAAUCUGCAUUGGUCUGAUUUGAUAGCCAGCACAGACAAACAGAACCAACAUAUACCAAUCUCAGACACAGAAAGAAAAAGGCGGGAAGCAGUAUGGGAAAUAUUUAAAAGUGAAUGUGUGUUCCUAAUCGAUCAUCUUAUGGUGCUAAAACAUAGUUUUCUGGAACCGUUAAAGAAAGUGCAAGUAGAAGGAUACUUAAUGUAUGCUGAACCUCAGGAUAUUUUUGGAAAUUUAGAUGAAUUGUGCUAUGUGAGUUAUACGUUCUGUAAAGACUUUCUGUCGGCGUUACUAAAGGAUAUGAGUUCUACAGAGUUUGGUAGAACAAGAGUAUUAAUCAAAGCAUUUCAAAGAUUUUCAACCCAUACUAAAGAUGGCGCUGUCUACCAUACCUACUGCCUCAAUUACACCAAUGCUUUAUCUUAUUUAGAUAAACUGAGUGUAUAUCCUGAAUUUGCUGAGUUCGCAAAGUGGUGUGAACUUGAUCCCAGAUGUAAUCGUCUUCAACUAACCGACCUCCUUGUGGCACCAAUGCAGCACUGUACCAAACUUCCUCUACUCUUAAAUAAUAUCAGAAAAUAUACAGCAGACGAGGUUGAAAGACAACUCGUCACAGAAUCAAUACAAAAAAUGGAGACCUCGUUAAAAAAUUUAGAAGAGAAGAUGAAAUGGGUGAAGAAUUUUGAACGAGUCCAAGAAAUACAACGUCAGAUCACGUGGCCACCAGUUAGUGAACUUGACCCUCGUUCAUAUAUUCCAGAGUGUUUGAAGGCUACAUUAUGUCGACAGCCGUGUGAAAAACUUUUAUCCUGUCCUAAAAGACAACUAGUUUAUGAAGGUCAACUGAUUUUAAUAGAACCAACAAAAGCAGUUGAUGUACACAUGUUUUUAUUUCAUGACAUAUUAUUACUUACAAAACCAAAGAAAGGAACCAGAAAGAAGCAGACGACUACGGAUUCCGGCGCCAAAUCUCCGUGUACCGGAAGUGGUAUUGAUAAAGCGUCUUAUACUGUGUAUAGACAACCUAUAGCUUUAGACAGAUUUACAUUACAUGACAUCACAUCUUCUGAUGCUACAGCAAGUGGCUUGAAGAAUGCGUUUGUUCUGGCACAAUUUAGUCGUUUCCAGCAGAUUAUAGGAGUAUAUACAUUACAGGCAUCUUGUGAUACAACUAAGGCAACGUGGGUGACAAAUAUAAACGAAGCCAAAGAGAAAUUUUGUGCUACUUCUACGAGUCGUCAAAGUUCGUUCAAAGAAAAUCGCAACCCAAAAACGGAGGAAAAGGAAGUGAGUGUGUCGCGAUCACCGAGACGGGUGAAAAGAAACAGUGUUAUGCGCCGUAUACACGGGAAGUCCCGAUCAAUGGACGCGGUAUUUCUUUGAUGCUAAUCGACACGUGACGUGAAGAGGUUUAAACAUCCGAACAACUGUAAGGAAACCGAAAGCUUACUGUGAUAGAGGACUGAGAUGCAAAGAAAGUUGAAGUUGGGGUCUUAAUUGAAAAUAAGACGCACUUGAUAUAAAAUGUUUCCAAUCUACGCGGACAUAAGGCGCACCAGACCAUUACGUCGAAUGAGAUAACUUCUGGGCCAGUAACAACAAGUUUAAAGGAAGCAAUGUCUUGGGCGCAGUUUUUAUUGAGGUUAUUUUGAAAAGACGUGUUUUGAUUUACAUGAUUAAAAUAUUGUUGUCUCGAAAAAUUAUUUUAUUUUUCAUAUCUUUCAUAUUGUCCAUGGAAUAGCAGAAUUGAAAAUAUAACUAUUUUGUUUGCCAGUCACAUAUGGCUGUUUUAUGUGUUCCUGAACAUUAUAACGACAUUCGUCGUGAUAUUAUUACUGCAUGCCUAUUCCCCACCCCAUCCAAGCCAACAACCCCUGUGUUGCUUUAGAUAUUUAUUAUCUCCGAUAGUCAAAUCUACCAUUGAAAGACAUAGUUGUGUGAACUGAUAUUUUCUAUAUUAUUUGUAGUUCACAGCCCCACCCCCUUCCAAAGUAUAUAUUGAUAUGACAGCGAAAAUUUAAAUUGUAGACUUUACAAUGCAUUGUGUGGAAUACAUUACUUACAAAGCCACCAAUGUGUUCUUGUUCUUCUUCGAAAAAGCGUCCAUGGCACCGCCAAUUCAAGUGCGAUCGACAUGAAAAUUGGCAUGUUUGUUCCUUGGACAAUUGCCCAUCGAUUGUUGAUGGACUUCGAUUUUUGAUCUGACGUCACAAUUCUAAGAAUGCGGUUCCAUUCCUGGUCCAUAGUACGUUCGUAUAUUUUUGAUCCGUCAUGACCAAGGCAUAGUUUGGGCGAGUGGGUCUCAUGGUACCAUGCAAGGUCCCUAGUCAGUAUAUUACAAUGAUAGUAUUGUAAAUUGGGCUAAUGAAAUAUGGUCUACUAGCACAUGGUCGUCUAGUUUAAUGUGGAUGUAUUUGUUUAAUCCUUACUAUUAACAAACAUUCCAAACUUUUAAAAUAAAUGACCUUAGAUAUUAAAUAAUAUAUAUCCCCGCGACCUUCAGUAGUAUUAUCGUUUUUUACAGACUACCUAUCAUGUUUAUCAUUUCUCUGUGAACCAUAAAUGUACAUUACUUGUAUAUUUCUAUGUAAUAAUAUCGAAAUGUUAAUACAUAUUUAUUGAAAUAAAAAUGUACAUUUCACCAUAGAGAUAAUAAUAUAUCAUAAUUAUGAAUGUAAAUUUGUAAAAAACGAAUUCGACUGCUUGUAUAUUUCACUGUAAAUAACAAUAUUAUUAUUUGUAAAUAAGCUUGUUUAUAUGAUCAUUUGUAAAUAAGUUGUAUGAUAGUCAAACGUAACGUAUGAUAAUCACCAUUCUGUCUUGUCCUACAUGUAGCAUCGUAAGUUCACUCACUCAUUCUAUCAACGGGUUUUCUGCAGCAGCGAAGUCAUAAUGUAUCUGUUAUCUUUUAUAAAACAAUGCUAUUAUUUUAUUUGGAAUUUCUGCGGUAUAAGUACAAAAACUGUACAUUUUUGCUUCAAAAAAUAAUUACAUGUUAUAUUCCCACGACGUCUCAUUAACGUAUAUAACGCUUUUUUUAAGAUAGUUUAAUAUCAAAUAAUUAUAAACUUCCAUUUUAGAUUACUAAACCUUGUCCUUUUUCACAUUUUCACGUGUUUCUCGGAUUAUUAGUAGCAACAUGCAUAAAUAAGAGAUUAUAAUUAGGUAUACUUUCUUUUUUCUUUUGGCAGACAAAAAUUUAAUAAUAUUCUUACACACAUUGUCAUAUUACGUAUUUUAACGCAAACAUGAAAUUUGAAUAUUUUUUAGAGUUUGCCUUAAUUUAUUAAUACGAAAGACAAUUUGACACUUUGAGUAAUGUCUAAGUUUUUAGAAUUCUGUAGCAAAUACACAGAAUAUGAACAGCGUUUUGACCUACUGGUACUUUGAAAUACUUCAUUCAAUCGUGUUCAUAACUGUUACAUAUUUAUACAUAAGCUUUACAUUUUUCUGAAAUCAGCAUGUUGUGGUUUCGAUCUCUCCAGUCCAAACUGUCUCUGCUUCGACUACGACGAAUAUUAACCGUGAUGUUAGCUGCAAGUCUGUUCUUUUAUACAGUUCACGCACAUGUGAAAUGUUGAAUCAAUCGAGAGUCCUUAUCUCUGUUAGAUAAAUUAGGUGCUGGUUUGUCCAGACAAAUUUUAGUUUGUCAUCGAAGCGGAGAAAAUUUCAGAUGGGGUGAUCGAGGCUAAGACAAGUAGUUUGUACACGUUGUGUUUGGUUUACACUUGACAAACUUCUAUAUGGAUCGUAUAAUUUAAUGAAAUGUCGGCAGUGUAAGCUACAGACUGUGGUGUUUUAUCAGAAACGAAAACAAUAACGACAACGGUUAGAAAAUGUAAUCGUUAACUGUAACUGACCAAGUAGAUAUACAUAUGUCAAUGAAUAACCCAUUAGUGUCAAAUAGAGAAUCUCCUACUCGUCUUUUUUGAUAUCAAAAAAUAUCAAAACACGUCAAUAAAGUAAAAUAAAAAAAACGAAGAUCUGCCGAUUAUUUUUAUACUUUAUCGACAAGUGUUGAUAUUUUUUUAUAUAAAAAAAGACGAGUAGGAGAUUUUAUUUAUCACCCAAUCCUUUAUUGCAUGCACAAAUAAAUAAAUAUAAUUCUUUGCUAUAGAUUUCACUUUUACUGAACCUGAUAACAUGACGGCGUAGUGAUACAUCAUGUUUUGACAGUAAUUCAACCAUUGCAAAGUCCUUUAUAUUGCCCCAGUGUUUUCAUCAAGGUCAAUUAAAUAAAAAUAGUUCAUUUUUAAUAAAAAAAAAAAAGAAGUUACUUUUAAUAAAAAAUGAACUGUUCUUUGAAAAUAAAAAAAGUAGUUCCUUUUUAACUGAACAAUCUAAUUCAGAUAUCGCAGUAGAUUAUGAAAUUUAUCACACAAGCGAUAUACUGUGGAAUGUAUUAUCGGGUGAUAAACUACAUUCACACUAUAGCUUUUACGUCAACUUUCCCGAUUUUUAUCAAUUUUAUAAUUUUUCAUUUUACGUCAACCUUUCCGAUUUUUAUCGAUUUUGGGAUUUUGCAUUAUAACAUCGUAAAUGUGAACAGCAAAAACGAUGAUUUAUGGCAGUCAUCAGUUUUAGCCCACCGACCAUGAUGACAAUAAUUCACUCUGACGCUGCAACUUGCCUGUAGUGUGAACCGUGGUACUUUAUGGAUUUAUGAACACAUGGAGUUAAUCCUAAGUUCUAACAUAAAAAGUUAAAUUCUGUAGCGUGAACCUUGCUUAUAUUUGGUUGUCAUGAAGGCGUAGUAGGACUAUAGUUUAAGGCUCCCCGUAAUCAUUUUUAUUAUUAUUUUCUAAGCAUUGUUUUAAUAUUAUACAUGAUUGUUAAUUAUUUACUGUGUCUAGGCUAUGACUGUGUUAUUUAUGUAUUGCAAUUUGUUACAUACAAACAAUGAGCUUUUAUUUUAAAACUCUAACAAUGUGUCCAUUGUUGUUAUAUGUAUGAUAAUAUAAAGGUAUAUUUCAA